AUGGAAGAACAUCCGCUCCGGUAUCUGCAAUCAUUUCUUGAACGAAAGGAGGAAAAAAGUGUUGAGACUUACAUAUUAGCCUCGGAGAAAUUGGAACACAAAGCUCGCAAACGCUAUGCAGGCCACGUAAACGUUGAGACAGAUGAAUUUCUGGAGCUGAUGCUACUUGACAGCUGUUUCAUUGUUGAAUUUGUUCGAAAAACUUCAGAAUUAGAGCCAGACGAUGAAGAUGAUCCUAUCUUCAGCGUAGAUUGGGAUCCAAUGCACAAAGAACCUUUCAUGAACAGGUUAGUGCUGACUCUCUCAAGUGUUGAGUCAUUAGACUCAGAUAGCAUGUCCAAUAGUGUUAGCUUAUUCGAUAUAAAGUUCAAUAAGGGUCUAAUGGAAAUCCCUUAUUUUAAAUUUGAUGAUUCAACAGAGACCUUCUUGAGAAAUCUCAUUGCCUUUGAGCAACGUUAUUCACAUGUCAACCCCAAAUAUUUCACUGACUAUACAACCUUCAUGGAUCAACUUAUUAACACAGAAAAAGAUGUGAACUUACUUCGACUGAAAGGAAUUAUCAUGAGAGGUGGCUCGUAUCAUCAACAAAGUUUGGUGAAGGAGUUGUCACGUCAUCAAGUUUCUUCUAUGAAGGAGUCUGCAACAAGGUCAACCAACAUUGUAACAAAGUUUGGAAUGUGA